GGCUUGGCGGGGUCUCGGGCACCGGGCGGUUGGAGGGUGCCCGGCGCUGCUGCGGCGCGAAGCCUCCCUGCGGCAGAAGACUGUGCCAAAGACUUUUGCUCAGAUGACAUCACAUUUGGACUACUAAUGCCAUCUACCCACUCGACACGGCACAAUGCAUUUCUAGGUAAUUUAACAAAUGCAGAGUGAAGCCCAUUCUUUCAUUUGCAAAAAUCUUCUGGAAAAUUACUUGGAUGUUGUAUAUUGAAUGUCAGUGAAACUAGGUAGUUCUAUUGGGGGAAAAACUGAAGGAUCCACUGGUAGGCACCAGAAUUUUAGAAAAUUCAAAAUUUAAUGCUUUUCUGCAGAGGAGGAUACAUCUAACUCGACAUUGUUCUUCAAAGGAACCAGGUUUCAUCCAUAAACCUCACACUUUAACAAGUCCCAAAGUGUAAAAGGCAAACGUACAAAUGUCUACCACAAGACUAAAGUGUGAUAUGUUAUGUUUUUUACCAUAAGCACCCAUAAAAUGAGCUCCAUUGCAGACAGAAAUGAUGGAAGCAUUUUUGAUGGGCUGGUGGAAGAAGAUGACAAAGAUAAAGCAAAAAGAGUGUCUAGAAACAAGUCUGAAAAGAAACGGCGAGAUCAGUUUAAUGUACUUAUCAAAGAGCUGGGUUCCAUGCUUCCAGGUAAUGCUCGGAAGAUGGAUAAAUCCACUGUACUGCAGAAGAGCAUUGACUUUUUACGGAAGCACAAAGAAAUUACUGCACAAUCAGAUGCCAGUGAGAUUCGACAGGACUGGAAACCGACAUUCCUUAGUAAUGAAGAGUUCACACAGUUAAUGUUGGAGGCUCUUGAUGGUUUUUUUUUAGCAAUUAUGACAGAUGGAAAUAUAAUAUAUGUGUCUGAAAGUAUAACUCCCUUACUUGAACAUUUGCCAUCUGAUCUUGUGGAUCAGAGUGUAUUUAAUUUUAUCCCAGAGGGGGAACAUUCAGAAAUUUAUAAAAUAUUGUCUUCUCAUCUGCUGGAAAGUGAUUCAUUGACACCAGAAUACUUAAAAUCAAAGAAUCAACUAGAAUUCUGUUGCCAUAUGCUGCGAGGAACAAUAGAUCCAAAAGAGCAACCUACAUACGAAUAUGUAAAGUUUAUAGGAAAUUUCAAGUGUUUGAAUAACGUUCCCAACUCAGCGCACAAUGGGUUUGAAGGAACUAUUCAGCGAUCGCACCGGCCUUCAUAUGAAGACAAAGUUUGCUUUGUAGCCACAGUUAGAUUAGCUACACCUCAGUUUAUCAAGGAAAUGUGCACUGUUGAAGAACCCAAUGAAGAGUUCACAUCUAGACAUAGCUUAGAAUGGAAGUUCCUAUUCUUGGAUCACAGGGCACCUCCGAUAAUAGGUUAUCUUCCUUUUGAAGUUUUGGGAACAUCAGGCUAUGAUUAUUAUCAUGUGGAUGAUCUAGAUAAUCUGGCAAAAUGUCACGAGCAUUUAAUGCAAUAUGGGAAAGGGAAGUCAUGUUACUACAGAUUCCUUACAAAGGGACAACAAUGGAUUUGGCUGCAAACACAUUACUAUAUCACGUAUCACCAGUGGAAUUCCAGGCCAGAGUUUAUUGUCUGUACGCACACUGUUGUAAGUUAUGCAGAAGUUAGAGCAGAAAGACGACGAGAACUUGGUAUUGAGGAGUCUCUUCCAGAGAUAACAGCAGAUAAAAGUCAGGACUCUGGGUCUGACAAUCACAUAAACACAGUGAGUCUCAAAGAAGCAUUGGAAAGGUUUGAUACCAGCCCCACACCUUCUGCUUCCUCCAGGAGUUCACGAAAAUCUUCACAUACUGCAGUAUCAGAUCAUUCAUCAACACCGACUAAAAUGACACUGGACACUAGCACUCCUCCAAGGCAAAGCUUAUCUGGUCAUGAAAAGACUACACAAAGAAGAUCAUCUCUGAGUAGUCAGUCUUUAAGCUCCCAGUCUCUGGGACAACCAGUAGCACAGCCAACGAUGUCUCAGCCUGCAACUUUACAGCUCCAGUCUGGCAUGUCGCAGCCUGUGUUUCAGUUUUCAGCUCAAUUAGGAGCUAUGCAGCAUCUAAAGGACCAGCUAGAGCAAAGAACACGCAUGAUAGAGGCAAAUAUUCAUCGGCAGCAGGAAGAGUUGCGUAAGAUUCAAGAGCAGCUUCAAAUUGUCCAUGGUCAAGGACUCCAGCUGCCAUCUGGACCUAAUGUGCCUAAAAUCCAUGCAUCUGAAGCUACUGUUCCUGAGAUGUUCUUGCAGCAGUCAACUUCUGGACUCAACUUUGGUUCUGUGCAGCUUGCUUCUGGAAAUUCUUCAAAUGUUCAGCAGCUUACGCCAAUAAACAUGCAAGGUCAAGUUGUUCAGACUAAUCAGACUCAAAGUGGGAUGAACACAGGCCAUAUAAGUACCCCACACAUGAUACAGCAACAGCCUUUGCAGAGUACUGCAACACAGCAUAAUCAACAAAAUGUGCUUAGUGGACACAAUCAACAGUCUUCUCUUGCCAGUCAGUCUGCCAGUCAGUCACAGAACACAGUCUCAGCACCUUUGUAUAACACUAUGGUGAUUUCUCAGCCAACAACAGGAAAUGUGGUCCAGGUUCCUUCUAGCUUACCACAGAACAAUAACCAGAAUGCUGCUGCAGUAACCACUUUUACACAGGAUAGACAAAUCAGAUUUUCUCAAGGUCAGCAACUUGUAACAAAACUUGUCACGGCCCCAGUAGCAUGUGGAGCAGUAAUGGUACCAAGUACUAUGUUUAUGGGACAGGUGGUGACAGCUUAUCCCACUUUUGCUGCCCAACAGCAGCAGCCACAGACUUUGUCAAUAACGCAACAACAGCAGCAGCAGCAGCAAAGUCAGCAAGACCAUCAGCAGCAGCUCACCACAGUUCAGCAACCAGCUCAGCCACAGCUGACCCAGCACCCCCAACAGUUCCUACAGACAUCCAGGUUACUUCAUGGAAAUCAGUCAGCUCAGCUUAUCCUCUCUGCUGCUUUCCCACUACAACAAAGCACUUUUACUCAGUCCCACCACCAGCAGCAUCAGUCCCAGCAGCAGCAGCAACUUUCGCGACACAGAACUGACAAGAUGACUGAUCCUUCCAAAGUUCAGCCACAAUAGUGUGGGGCUCUGCCUCUUCUUGAAGCAAACUACCAGGAGGGGGCUGCUCCACAAACAGUUGCACUGAGGCUACAGAGGUAGCAGUACGAAGGCUUUCUAACACCACAGUGUUGAGAUCUACUUCUAACUUCUGGAAUCUGUUAAGAAAAGCCACAAGAUGAUGAUGGGGACAUGGCCAACUUUGAUAGUUGCCCCAGUUUCUGUGUUCUGAAGGAUUUGCUGCCAUGUGUUAAUUUGUCCAGGUGAGAUAUCAAAAUGUGACUGAAAUGAGAGGGAUGCUGAAAAUAUUGGUAUUUUUAUCAAUCCUGUACAUUUUUAAAGUAUUGAAAUGGACAUGGAGCAAUUGUUUGAAUUGGCAGAAAAAAAUGCCAGGAAUAUAGUCCAAAAACCAUCUAAUUUUUUUCAGAUGAUUACGGGACAGUAAAUAUUUUGAAAAUGUUGUGUGAAAUCCAGUUCUCUGUUGUACAGAUGCUGUAAAAUAUUGUGUAUAUGUCUGCAUAAAAGGAGAAAGAGCAAAAUAUUUUAUAUGAUGCAUGAAAAUGUAAUCUGUUAUUUGUAGGUUUGAAUAUGUUUCCCUAAAUUCUCACGCCAUACUCAGACUAAUGUUUUCCUCUGUUCUACCCUUUUGUUUACAACAUGAUGCAUCAUUAUUUUCACCCUUAAUGUGGGCACAAGUCUCUUGUUUGUGCUUUGUCUGUGAUGUCAGGGUUUGUUUGGUGAGGUAUAGUGUGUUGGUUAGUUGACUUCUUGAGGUUAAAUUAUUGAUGAAGCUGUUUGAACUGGUGAUCAUGCAUCAGGGUUCAGGACAUUCAGAUUCAUGAAUAUCAUCCAUCAUUUCAUAUAUAAUUCAUAGUUUUAUUUGAAAAAUAGGAAUUUGCACUGCUUUCUUGCGGAUGGUUUGGAAUUUUAUUCCCCAAAGCUAUCUUUUGAUAUAGUUCAUAGUUGGAAAUAUUUAUGUAAAAGGUUUAA